AUGGUUGGUCAAGUGACGACGACUAAAAGCUGGAUUUUGACAGAGGAUGAGUCGGUUGAUGAAGUGGACUUCUACCCGGCCUUUAAGCUGUCUGCUGACGUGGUCUUAGAAGUCAACUUGCUAUCCACUUUGCAAAAUGACAUUAAUAGCGACUGGAGAUUGAGCACCGGAAGCUGGUACUUUAACGGCAAGGCGUACCAAAAGUACGCUUCUCUCUGUUUGAUGGCCGCAGACAGCUCAGUCGUGGGUACUGACACUUCUUACUUAAGGAUCUGCCUGUCGAAGCUAGAAAAACUCAUUGAGCCGUUUCUUACCAACACACUAGAUUCCCCUCUAGCUUAUGAUACCGUUUACAAGGGCAUUGUGACCAGUCAGGUCUACAAGGCCAACAACAUCCAUGUGGAGUUCGGCAACGGAAUUUACAAUGACCAUCACUAUCACUACGGUUACUGGGUAACAGCUUCCGCUAUUCUGAAGAAACUCGAUCCAACGUGGUCAGGUAUGGCUCAGCUGGACACAAUGGUGUGGACGCUGAUCCGCGACGUUGCCAACCCGAGUGCAAAAGAUACAUACUUUCCAAAAUUUCGCCACUUUUCGUGGUACUUAGGCCACUCGUACUCGCAUGGUGUGACCCCCAUGGCUGAUGGCAAAGACGAGGAGAGCACGUCAGAGGAUAUGAACUUUUGCUACGGAUUAAAGCUUUGGGGACAAGUUUCUGGCAACAAAGCGGUCGAAGAUCUGGGCAGUCUAAUGCUGCGCCUCAACGCUCGUACCGUACGCACUUACUUCCUCAUGACAUCAGAUAAUACUAUACACCCGGCCCAAUUUGUGCCAAAUCACGUCACAGGCAUUUUUUUCGACAACAAGGUAGACUACACCACGUGGUUCAGCGCCGAAAAGUACUGCAUCCACGGUAUUCAAAUGAUCCCGGUGUUGCCAAUCAAUGGUCUGGCACGAACAACGAAAUUUAUCAAGGAGGAAUGGGACGACAUCUUGUCUAAAGAAGCAAUUGUAACGAACAAUGACGUGACCAAUGCGUGGCUGUCGCUGUUGCUAGUGAACCAAGCUGUCAUCAAUCAAGCUGAUGCGCUGGCGGGGCUAGCGACGGCUGCAAUGGAUGACGGCCUUACCCGUUCGUGGGCACUUUACAACGCCGCAUCUCGCGGCGGAAAUAAUACUUUAUCGUCAAACAUCACAACGCCAAUGCACAAUGCUAAUAGUUCUACUCCAAAAGUGAUUUUUCCUGUCAUAGAGACGCCCAGCGCACUACCUGGGGCCAUCUCUUCUGAUUCAAAUGUGUCAAAUAAAACAGCAGAGAUGCCAAGCAACGCUACUGAACCAUCGGCUCCCUCAAAUGCAACUCCUGGAAGUCCGGCUGCCACGAAUCCGUCUCCAAUUUUAUCCCCAGCUACACCACCUGCAGCCACUGCCAAGCCAAAAUCCGCCACUGCAACACCGUGUAUCGACCGAGAGACUGAUGUGACGACGUCAGGGUCGUGGAAGGACUUGGUGGGUCAAUUUAGUCACUAG